AUGUUUUGAAGACCAAAAGCGGCGGCCUUAGAACCCUAAGCCGAACCGAGCGGUGGAUUCCGGAGGAGAAUAGACCAGUUGGCCAUAACGACGGUCUCUAAAAGAUUGAAAAAGAGAAGAGGAUAGCGGCGGAGAAUCGGAAAAGAAAGGAGACGACAAUGAGAAGCCAUAGCUGGUCCCCUAGUAGGAUUCAAACUCUACUGCUACUAUUACGGAACAGAACAACAUGCAGACAUCUUUCCUCAACCCACCACCACCAUUAUCAUCAAUCAAGAAGAAUCUCUGAUUACACUUGUCGUUCUGGUCAUUCACUCGGCCAUUUGGGCGCUACCCUUUCAAGACCCCCCUCGUCUUUUUGCGUCAUGGCGCUCCAGUACUCGAGUACCACUACCGCCUCUCGAAAUAUUGGCGGCAAUGAAGAAGCAAGCCCACUUCGGCAUGAAAUGAAUGAAGAUGUAGAACCCAUUGAUUCAUGGGAAGAAGAGGAUGAUGCUGAGCCCGAGAUCGGUGAUGGAGGCGAUGGUGGUGGGGUGGUUCUGCAAAACUGUCCUUGGGGUGAACAGGCUCUGUCAAUAGCCCAUGAGGUCUUGCUGCACUUUGGUGAUGACAUGAAACUCUACGCUUUUAAGACUAGUCCUCGGGGAUAUAUUUAUGUGAGAAUAGACAAACUUUCAAAUGAAUUUGGAUGCCCCAGUAUGGAGGAGAUUGAGAGCUACAACCACCAAUUUAAGAAAAGAUUAGAUGAAGUUGGAGAACUGGGAGAAAUACCUGAUGAUUUGGCUCUAGAGGUAUCAUCUCCUGGUGCAGAGCGGCUAUUGAAAGUACCAGAUGAUUUAUAUCGGUUCAAAGACAUGCCUAUGAGAGUAAGCUAUGUAGAAGAUCUAGAGAGUAAAUGCCCAGAAAAGAAUGGAGUAUUUUUCCUGGACGCCAUUAAAACCGAAGUUGGGAGCUGUUAUUGGAGGCUGGCAGAUGUAAAGGAGAACAGAGAUCCAUCAGCAAAAGGUAGACCAUUGAGCCGUAAACAGAAGGAUUGGAGAUUAGAAUUGCCAUAUGCUCUUGUUAGAAGGGUAACUUUGUAUCUUGAUUAAUGAUUUAUCACAAAUUUCUUUUAUACCAUGUGGUUCAUGUUUGUUUUUGGCUGAGAUUGCAUUAUGAUUCCUAAUGGUUAUUAAUAUCCUUGAGCAAAAUA